AUCACGUACAAUGACCGAGAAGUCAUCAACAAGUGCGGGUUGGACGCCUACUUCUUUCUCCGAUAUCUGAAAACGCUCCUCAUCAUCUUCAUUCCCAUCUGCGCGAUUGUAAUGCCCAUCCUCAUCCCCAUCAACUACGUUGGAGGUCGCGGUAAAAAUAUCGAUUUCCGCAACAGCACCGAUGCGGAUUCGAGCAGCAACAGCAGCAACAGCACCGACAGCAGCGAUCCCGCCUUUGUGCCCACGGGUCUGGACACCCUGGCCUGGGGCAAUGUCAAGGCGACGGAGACAAGCCGCUACGCUGCACACCUGCUGAUGGCGCUCCUCGUCAUCAUCUGGGUCUGCAGUGUCUUCUUCUUCGAGAUGCGUGCUUACAUCAAAGUCCGCCAAGACUAUCUGACCAGCGCAGAGCACCGACUUAGGGCCUCCGCCACGACGGUGCUGGUCAACUCUAUCCCCUCCAAGUGGCUCAGCGAGGACGCGCUGUCCGGCCUGUUCGACGUUUUCCCUGGCGGGAUCCGGAAUAUCUGGAUCAACCGGGACCUGACGAGUCUCCUGGACAAGGUCAAUCUCCGAACUGAGAUCCACGCACAGCUCGAAGCCGCCGAGACUGAACUCAUCCGGGCGGCCAAGAAAGUUCAGCUGAAGAGGCGAAAUGCCGAGGAAAAGAAACAGCGCAAAGGAUUGUCAAAGAAAGAAAAGGCUACUCGUCAAGCCGAAGAGGAUGCGGAGGCCAAGCGCAUGGCCAACAGCGGCGAAGGCACUAACGAUGGCAAGCAGCACCACGUCCCUCACACAGUUGACGAGAGCGUUCGAGAGUCGCGAAUCGAGGAUAAGCACAAGCGAAAGUUGCGCAAGCUCACCAAUGUUCGAGAGGAAGAUAACGAAUCCUCUUCCAGUUCCUCAGACUCGGACGACGAUGACCGGAAAUCUCAAGCGUCCGACGGUAGCAGCGUUGCGGUACUCAAGAAUAUCAAAGGCGCGUUCAACAAGGCUGGCGACCAGAUGGACGAGUUUGGGACAAACAAUGGCUUCAUCAGCCUGGCUCGCAAACAGACUAUGCCUGGAGAAGACGAAGGCCCUCAGCCCCACGGCUAUCCUUCAUUUGCGGCCCAUCGCGCGCAGACACAUUCGCGGGGACCGUCUUCGGUCUCGGCUGGAUCUACCAAAGCUAUCCGGGGGAACAACCCAGCUACGGUGGAGGGAAACACGGUCCGGAAGCUCGAGAACAUCAACGACAUGUACAACAUGGAAGAACCCAAGUUUUGGCAGUUCUGGAAGACGCCCGCCGGCGGCUACGCCUCUCCAGUCCCUCAGCAGAACGAGGGUGACGACUACAUAGGCAAGCAGGGUACCGAAGAGAAAACGUGGUGGCAAAAUUUCAAAGGGGUUCUGCCCUUUACGAGCGAAAAGGCCAAAGAGACGGGCGACUACCCCGCUGUCUACUUCAAUGAGGACUACAAGGUGGAAGAGGAAGAGACCGAGGCCGAAUGGGCCAAGUAUCUCAAAAAGAAGGAUCGUCCUACCCACCGUCUACCCCCAUGGGGAAUCUCAUGGCUGCCUGGUCUCCCGUUGAUUAGCCAAAAGGUUGAUACCAUCUACUGGUGCAGAACUGAGCUGGCCCGACUAAAUAUGGAGAUCGAGGAAGACCAGAAGCACCCCGAGCGGUUCCCCCUGAUGAACUCGGCGUUUAUCCAAUUCAACCACCAGGUGGCCGCUCACAUGGCGUGCCAGAGCAUCAUCCACCACGUCCCCCGGCAAAUGGCGCCACGUGUGAAUGAGAUCUCGCCCCGGGACGUCAUUUGGAGCAACAUGGCUCUCUCGUGGUGGCAGGAGUGGGUGCGCACCGGCGCGGUUACUCUCAUGGUGCUGGCCAUGAUUUUCCUGUGGGCUAUUCCCGUUGCUUGGACGGCCGCCUUGGGUCAGCUGGAUCAGCUUAUCCAGCAGACGUCUUGGCUCGGGUUCCUGAGGGACAACAAGGCCCUCGAGAAUGCGGCCAAGGGUGUUGCAGGUGUUCUUCCCGCCGCUGUCCUCGCUCUGCUCCUCUUCCUUGUGCCAAGGAUAUUGAGUUUCCUGGGCGAGAUCAAGGGCGCCAAGACGGGAGCCCAAAAGUCGGAGUUUGUGCAAAUCUUUUACUUUGCCUUUCUCUUCGUCCAAGUUUUCCUCAUUGUGUCGAUUGCCUCGUUCUUUGCCGCAUCCAUCGACAAGCUGGUGGACAACAUUACUGAGCUCGACUCGGUCAAGGCCGCGGCCAACUACUUCUUCUCCUACAUGAUUCUUCAGGCCAUGUCUACCAGUUCCGGUACUCUGCUCCAGGUCGGAGCCCUCUUUGUCUGCAAGUGGGCUCGUAACACGAAUCUGAACGACGUCAACUGGGGAAGCUUCUUUCCCGUCUACACCAACUUUGCUUGCAUUGCCAUCAUUUACAGCGUUGUUGCGCCGCUCAUUUCCAUCUUUGCCCGAUACUCCAUGCUCUACGUUACUCGAUUCGAGGUCGACACCGGCGGUGUUCUGUACCCUCGAGCGCUCAACCAGACGUUCACGGGCAUAUACGUCAUGGAGCUGUGUUUGGCCGGAUUGUUCUUCAUUGUGGUUGAUGAAUCGGGCACUCACACUUGCACGCCACACGGUAUCGUCAUGAUCAUCCUCCUGAACAAUUCAUUUUCGCCUCUUUUCCGAUAUUUGCCCAUUACAUUUGAAGACGAGGCUGUGUUACGCGACGAAGCGUUCCAGCGGGCUCAAGAUCGCCGCUUUGGACUGAUCGCUGAUUCCGAUAACGAAGACAACGAGGGCACUGACGAGGCCGGAAGGGAACGGGGCGCGGCCGAAAAACCUUCCACUUCGAUGGAUAGCAGAGAUGAUAUUGAGCUGAGCAACAUCCAGCCCGAAAAGUCAAAGGGAGGUGUUGCGCGCAUCGCGAACCCGGUGAAGAAGAUGGGAUCCUGGGCCAAGGGAGGCGGAAAGCAACUCCGAAAGCUGGCCUUGAUGGAUAACGACUCUCGGGCUGCCGAGUACCGACGGAAACAGCGAAGCAAGGAUCUCGAAGCACAGCGCGCCAUUGGAGAGGCUCUGUACGGAGGAAUUCACGACGAAAUCGAGGACCUUACCCCUGAGGAGAGGGACGUCCUGGUUCGCCAUGCCUUCUUGCACUCUGCCCUGCGAGCGCGCCGGCCCAUUGUCUGGAUUCCCCGAGAUGAUUUGGGCAUCAGUGACGACGAAGUGCGCCGAACCAGAAGCUAUAGUGAGCACAUCUGGAUCAGCAACGAGGGCACUGCGCUGGACAGCAAAGUGCGCGUGAUUGACCUGAUCAACUUGUGAUGGAAUGGACUUAUGGAUAGCGUGGCGUUUAUUGACUUGAUGACUUUCACAUGCAAAACAAGAAGAAACGAAAAAAGAAGCAAGACAAAGAGACAGAGAAAGAGACAAGGGAAUCAUUUUUGCAUGGCGUUGACGGGAUUCGGUACCCUACCGAACGCAGAGAAGGCGAUUACAAUGGUCAUAGAUAGAUUU